AUGUCCAAUAAAAGCAAGGAGUUUUCUUUGGUGAGAAAAUGCCCUGCUUUUCAUCACAUGCUUCGGGCGUCUAGGCAAGCUGAGGUCUGGUAUGAUUUCACCGACGAGGAGAAAUUUUGUCAGUAUGGUUGGCGAUGUUCAACGAAUGAAGACUCAUAUUCAAAUUCCACCCUCACUGGUAACAACUGGUCGGAAGAGAGGUUAGACACUCGCCGCACUGUGGCGUUACGACGCCCCCUUCCGCAUCAGUUCUCUCACUACUUUGACACCACAUAUUAUUCCAGCUAUAAGAAGGAUGACGUUCGGCCAAUUUACACAACCCCAAAGAGGGAGUCAAGAAGUUUCCCUGGCCACCAACCAGAACUGGAUCCUCCACACACAAAGAAAAUCUGA